UAUCUCUCUCUCUCUCUCUCGCUCUCUCUCAUUUUUCCUCUCUCUCUCUCUCUCUCUCUCGCUCUCCCUCCCUCGCCGUCUCGGUGACAGGCGUCAAAAAUACCACCAAGGGAGCUCGGAUCAGCAGCUUCCAGCGGAGACUCGUUCCGAUGCGUAAAUAUCGGAACCAGAACUCAUCUCUUCUCCUGACAGCGCACCGAUGUGACGGCGGACACCGCGUCUUUUUCAUCCCGAUACUUCAAAGUAACCGAUGUCGGACUGACUGGACUUUAGAUGUUUGAGAGGAUUGUAUUCGGUCGCCUUCUUCGCGAGAUACGCCAUCAUUUGCCUGCUUUGAGAGCACAAUGAGGGAAAAGAUGUGGAUAUUUCACUGCGUCUAUGACACAAAGUGUAUCUUUUCUGUUUGGACUCACUGGUGUUUGUAUUAUGCAGCAAUUGUGUGUUUGUUGUUCGCCCCUGUCAGGACGAACGACGCCUGCCCGUGGUCCUGCAUCUGUGCCACAGAGUCGGGGACGGUGACUUGCCGUGAUGGGGGGGACACUGAGGUUCCGGGGGACGUACCGAAGUGGACGUCCACCAUGAUAAUCAAGGGGAGAAAUAUCUCAACUUUGCGGCGCGACGCGUUCGCGACCAACGGCUCGGAGCUGCAAAUAGUGACACUCUCGCUGUCCCACAACGGGAUACGGGCCAUCGAGCCGUACGCCUUCCUGGGGCUGCCCCGCCUGCAUCUGCUGGACCUGAGCCACAACCGGCUGGACUCCAUCUCAGACAGGGCUUUCCACGCGUUACCGGAGCUGCGCUCGCUGCACCUUAAUUACUCCGUGUCGCCUCUGGCCACGGCGCAACUCUCGGACGCCCUGAGCGCGCAAAGUUUGCGCAACCUUCACAGACUGGAGUUAGCGGGAAACGGACUGAAGACCAUACCCCUGAUGACAUUAGACAUCUACAAUCUGUACGCGUUGGUAUUGGUCAAUAACUCCAUAGAGACACUCGGCAGGGAAAACGUGACCAAUUUGUACCAGCAAGGGCGCGUGCGCGUCUACUUGUCGUUAAACCCGUUCAGGUGCAACUGUGACCUGGUGGCGUUUUACUACUGGCUCAAGAACUCAUCCCAGUGUCCGGAUGCAGGUCGUCUGGAGUGCAGCGAGCCGGACACGAAGCGGGGGAGUCCCGUGGAGAAGCUCCGCGUGGAGGACGUGGACUGCACGACCGAGAACCUCGAGGCGGUUUCCUACGUGUUCCUGGGAAUCGUGCUGGCGCUCAUCGGCGUGGUGUUCCUCAUGGUGCUGUAUCUGAACCGCGGGGGCAUCAAACGGUGGCUCAACAACAUCAGAGAGGCGUGUCGGGACCAGAUGGAGGUCUAUCAUUACCGCUACGAGCAGGACUCGGACCCCAGACUGGCCAACGUGGCUGUUUAGCCUGAAGCACCAAAGCAGUGCCGCACAGCGGGGGGGGCGGGGGGUCUCAGGUCCGAGGCCUGCGCCCCGUCUCAGCCGGAAGUCAAGUCAAGACUGGUAAAAAAAGUGUGGUAUCUGUUACCUCGGCGUUUGCACUGAGCCAAAGACAUUUAAAUGACAAUAAUAGGCUGUCGUCCAUCUUGCACACGUGAACACAAGUUCAUACAUUAGUUCAUACUGUAUUAUAAAUAUUUUAGUCAUCAAGCUAAUAAUAAUUAUAAUAAUCAUUAUGGAAAUUAUCAAGUAAAGAUAGAGGUUUCUGAUUUUAAAAGCUGGAAUACAAUAGUGAUCAAUGUUAUUUCUUUGCAAAUAGUUUGAUAUUCUACAUUUUAGAAAUGCUGCAGGCAAAAACGUGUAUUUUUCUCUUUUCUAACUCACAUUUUAGCGUGUGAGAAAGGCAGAAAUGAUGCGUGAGCGUGAGGCAGGGAAUGCACUCAUCCGCUGUCACAUUUGUGCAAACAGGCACAAACGGGAGGAGAAAACUGUCGCAUGUCAACGUCAGCCACCAACUAAAAUUUAUUGUGAUGCUUAAACUAAUGCAUCAUUUAAUGGCAGGUUUCAUCAGCAAAACGGGAGCGAACCGAUCGUCAUGCAUGCGAUUACCGUAGGGAUAGAAAGCAAACAUUAAUAAAAGGUCAAAUGAAA